AUGUCUUCAAAACCCAAACAAACCAUGUAUAAUACCCGCUCGUGCACUCACGCUAGAGCCCACUCAGUUUCUACCCCCGCCCACAAGAAAAAUGUAAAGGUGCGUGAUGACUUCGGAAAUCUCAUCAUUAACCUACUAUCAAGUGUUAAAACUCCGGCAGAGGGCCCGAGAUCACCUGCAGAACCGCCCAACGCUGCGGGAUCCCCUUUGACUUCGGAGGGACGGUCCUAUGAGACCGAAAACGAAAUUCAACCCGCACUGAGACCCAUUCGUUCGUACAGCGAUGUGGUCUUUGAGAUACCAACAGCUGAAAAUAUACCAGCACCGGUGGAGAAAUCCACGGACAUAAUGAGUUAUGAAACAGCGAGUGAGAAUGAAGGGCUCACCAGCCAACCCGAGGACAAUGACGAUCGUUCUUGGUCGACCGUUGCAAGAAAAUGCAACCGAAAGACAAUCUUCAACGACGUCAACAAGAGCCGGGCAAAGAGACCCAAUGAGCUAACAAAGGAACAAAAGAAAGUAGUUAGCGCAGCUGAACAACAGCUGACAGAAGACGAAUGCACCAGAGUGAACCGACGCAAGUAUAGUGUCAGGCAUGACUGUGGAAAUGACACAGAGUCCCCUGGGGAAGGACCAUCCAAGGGAAAAGGUCCGGACCCUUGGAACUGGGGAGCAAUGAACCUAGAAGAGGAAGAAUUAGAUAUGGAGGCCCAACGCGCGGCUCUAGAAUCCUACAAACUGGCCAAACAGAUGGCCGGUGAAUCAGAAUCCGAGGACCCAAGUAGGGACGAACCUGGCGAUCCCCGAGGGUGUCAAAGGGGUGACAACGAUCAAGCCACCAGAGAGGAAGAGGCAGUAAAAGUCACUGUAGCUAAAGCAGAGGAACAUCUGCGGAAAGAGUAUGAAAGGAAAUUAAAGGAACUCACUGCGACGAUAGCAAAGGGACAGCUCGCAAUGCCCCAAGUGAAACAGCUGAACAGAGAUCCCAUAAAGACCCUCGUGGACAAAGUGGUUAACCCCACCUCGGACCGGCAGGAACGGAGGCACACUCCACAGGCUAUGGAGCCUGUACACCAGGUAGCACUGAAGUCCUACAUCGGACAGGCGUCAGGGAGAAUCGGUUGUACCAGGACCGGAUCCGGUGACUCAGACUCGUCGUUGGACUUGAGCUAUGAUAGCUCAGACAGCUCUGACAAUGAGUCGAGCUCGACCAAGUCCCAAAUGAGUGACGAAACCACUAAAUGA